CUUAGAAAAUCAGAAAAGAAGGGAGAAAAAGAGUGAUGGACAACUACAUAGCAAGCAAUUGGAGAAAACUGAGCGGCGAGAACAACUGGGAAGGUCUCCUUCAACCUCUAGAUUCUCAUCUUCGCCGCUAUAUCAUUCACUACGGCCAAAGGGCUGGAGCUGCGGUAGACCUUUUCAACAGUGACACCUAUAAACCUAACGCCUCCGAAGAAAACUUCUUCACCAGGGCAUGUCUCGUGAAAGGAAACCCAUUCGAGUACGACGUGCGCCGCUUCAUCUAUGCUGGCUCAAAACAUGUAAAGCCAGCAUGGAUCGGAUAUGUAGCGGUGGCCACCAACAAAGGGACGCGCGUUCUGGGAAGGAGAGACAUCUUGGUUGCUUGGAGAGGAACCAAAACAGCCUCGGAGUGGGGCAAUAACUUCCAAUUUUUUCCACGAGUAUCGGGUUCAGACCUAUUCCCGGGUCAGACUGCAGUUAUGAUGCACAAGGGUUUCUACUCUCUUUAUACUGGAAAAAUACCAGUUUCUACUCGUGAUAAAAUUAGUGCCAGAAAGCAGGUCCUGGACGCGAUAAAGGAACUCGUGGAGGAGUACAAAAAUGAAGAAAAAAGCGUAACAGUAACAGGCUUUAGCUUAGGUGCAGCACUUGCAACGCUGACUGCAAUGGACAUAAUUACCAAUGGAUAUAACAAGACCAUCACAGGUGAGCCGUUCAUGGUCACAGCGUUUACGUUUGGCGGUCCACGCGUUGGAAACGAUGGUUUCGCAAGUGUAUUCGAUACACUCGGUCUUCGUCUUCUUCGUAUCAAAAAUGAAAAAGAUUUCAUCCCCAGUAUUCCACUGGUACCAUACAAGAGCGUUGGAAAUAAGUUGGCUGUUAACACCUCGGUCUCAGAUUACUUAAACCGCAAGGUUUUUUGCGGGGCAUUGUUUUCACAACAACAACAACAACAAGAUGACACUUGGCGUCGGCUAUCUAUUGUAUUGUUGGUGGUGCUCAUGAUUUUUGAACCCGAUUGGUCACCUCCCCGUUGGUUCUUAAUAAUGAUAAUAAUAAUAAUAAUUAUAAAUUGGCUGAACAAAGAAAGAAAGUAUUGUGGCGAUGGAGGUGAAUUUAACCGCAUGGACUAUGAAGAUGAAGAUGAAGAUUUAGAUCCACAAGAACUUAUGAUCAUAGGCUCUGAAGAUGGAGGUGUACGUAAAAUCAACUGCAUGGUCUCUCAUGCAGAUGCUACUUCACUUAACGUCAAGACCAGCAAGCUCGGAGAAAACUACAGUUGUCACAACAUGGAUGUAUAUCUGCAUGGAGUUGCCAUCAAAGACAUCGACUACACCACCACGGCGGAUGAACUAGAUCAUGAUAUAGCACUCGUGAACAAAUAUUUCAACCGUGUGCUUCCCAGGUACAAAAUUCCUCCAAAUUGGUGGAAAGGCGAGAAUCGCAGAAAGAUGGUUCAAUUAAAGAAUGGUCGUUGGAAGGUCAGGUCGGGUCAGACUUAA